AUGUCACAUUUUUCGUUUUUUUUACCUUUAUUUUGUUUUUGUCUUUCUUUCUUAAUAGUUAUUUCUCAUUCUAUAAGAAAUGGUUUUAGUAUUGAACUCAUUCAUCGUGAUUCUUUUAGAUCGCCUUUCUACAAUCCUACACAAACAGAAUUCCAACGAAUUUUUAAUGAAGUGCAACGUUCUAUCAAUCGUGCAAAUUAUAUCAACCGAGAAUUUGCGCCAACUAAAAACAAACUUGAGUUAUCUUUGACCUAUGAUAUUGCUGGUGAAUAUCUCAUGACUUAUUCGGUUGGUACCCCACCAUUUAAAGUAUAUGGUUCUUUAGAUACCGGUAGCGACUUAAUUUGGCUCCAAUGUAAGCCUUGUAAUAUAUGUUACAAUCAAACCUCUCCUAUAUUUGAUCCUUCAAAAUCUUCAAGUUAUCAAAAUAUUCCAUGCUCUUCUAGAACAUGCAAAUAUAUGGAAAUUACUUCUUGCUCUUAUGACAGAGAUGCUUGUGAGUAUACCCUUGAAUAUGACCCUGGAUCUAAGACACAAGGAGAUCUUAGUAUGGAAACUCUUACAUUACAUUCCACUACCGGCUCUAUUGUCUCGUUCCCUAAAACUGUGAUAGGAUGUGGACACACGAACACUUGGUCAUAUUCCUAUAAGGGUAAAAGUUCAGGUGUUAUUGGUUUUGGAAAGGGCGAUAUGUCAAUUAUAAAACAAUUAGGAUCUUCAAUUGAUGGUAAAUUCUCUUAUUGUUUGAUUGUCAAUGAUUAUUACAAACAAUCUAAUUUAUCUAGCAAACUCAAUUUUGGAGAUGAUGCUAUUGUGUCGGGUGAUAAAGUUGUUUCAACUCCCAUGGUCAAAAUGAUUGGAAACCGCCAAAAGGAUCAUUACUACCUAACAUUGGAAGCUUUUAGUGUAGGAAAUAAAAGAAUAAAGUACAAAGGGUUUAAACGUGAAGGAACAAACGCAUCUACACAUAACAUCAUUAUUGAUUCUGGUACAACUGUAACUAUUCUUCCACGUCAUUUUUUUAACAGACUAAAAUCUGCUGUUAAAAAAUUAGUUAAACUAGAACGCUUUCAAGAUAACAGUGGUUCAUAUAGCCUUUGUUAUAAUACCACUUCUAAACAACCAAAUUUUCCUGUAAUUACUGCACAUUUUAGUGGUGCAGAUGUUAAGUUAGACUCAAAUGGUGCAUUUGCUUCUAUCCUUGAGGGGGUUAAAUGCUUUGCUUUUCGUCCAAAUAAUUACGGAUUGGGCCUCUUUGGAUGCAAGGCACAAAUGAAUCAUUUGAUUGGUUAUGAUCUCAAAAAAAAUAUUGUCUCAUUCAAACCUACUGAUUGUACUAAGUAUUGA